GCAGCAGCCAAGGUCUGGAGGAGUUGCAUGUGUUUACAAGGGAAGCUGUCAGGAGGUGUUUAGGAAGGCAUUUAGGAAUCAGAAUACAGAUGCUUUAGCAUCAAAGGAGCAUUGGAAGGAAAUUAGCAGCUCUAGUGUUUGUCUGGCUUUUCAGCUUGCUACCCCAAGAUUGAACUACCAGCUCCUCCCCAGCCUCCCCUCUACUUGGCAAAAUAAAACACUUUUUAGAUUGAAGGUAUUGAUUUGUUAUAACAUGGUGUCUUUUUUCCCUUAUUUAGUUUCUACUCGUAAUAAUAAUCUUAACUGUGCAAUUCAGCUCAACUUCAGGGGAAUGAGGAAAUUACAAACCCAAAGAAGAGCAGCAGGACUCAAGGACUAUAAGAUAUCAAUAGCAGAAGGAUGGGUGCCACAGAUGGAUGGGUGCCCUCGGAGCUGCAGAUGGGAGGGUCUGGUGUUUAAGGUGUAUGUCAGUCGGAACUGUCACAGCUGUCCCAUAGUCGGCAGUGGUGAGCAUCUUGCUGAACUUGCUCUUCUUGGACCCAAGGUGCUCAUGGCUUCAACAAUGCUCGUGUCUUCUUUAGCAUUCCCAAGGACCAUGUGUUUGCUACGAAACCACUGAGUCUCUGCAGUGCAGAUGAAAACUGGAAAUUGUUUGUCUUGGUUCAUCGUUUGCCAUGGACAAAAUACCAGGACCUGAACUUUCAGGGUGAUGUUCUCAUCCUUAAAUUUCACCCCAUACAUAAAUGGACUUCAUAUGAGUGACUAUGGCACAUAAUGUCACCACCCAGACAUGAAUCCUGGAAUAAUUCAGUGAAAGGAGAAACACUCGUAACCAAAUACUUCCUUUCAAAUGCUCAGAGGAGCAAAGUUUUCUUCUACCUUGGGAACUUUGCAAAUAGCUAGAGGAAGACUCAGCUUAAGGGUGGCUGUCUAUACCGAGGUUGAAGACCACUGUGGACUUGACCAUAGAUCUAGUGGCCACAGGGCACAGGGCAAUCUGCAAAUGAUCUUUCUAAAAAAGUUAACAGAGAGGCACCGUUCACCAAAGGAUGGAAACUGAUGCAAACUCACAGCCAAAUACUAGAAGGAGUUCAGUGAAUCCUAGAGAACAGGAGGAGAAAGGAUUGUAGGAGCCAGAGGAGUCAAGGACACCACAAGAAGACUAACAGAAUCAACUAACCUGUAUCCGAUUAGUUCUUGGUUUCCCAGGCUAUCCCACGUGCAUUCAAUCCUCAAGUCCCCGCCCAUCAAGUUUCUUGCUCACAAGAUAACAGGUUUUAAAAGGAACUGCACCAUUAGAGCACUCACAUGAUGCAGAGUGCUGGGUGGCUUCUGUUUUAAAUCCCCGUGGCCAAUCAGCAACGCACAGGCCUUUGAAAGAUUCCCAGUGCCUUGUUUGAAUUCCAGGGGGAGCAGAGCAAGUUUAGGAGCAUGAAGGCAGCAGCCAAAGCUGGAAAGCUGGCUCGAGUACCAGCUGACCUGCGGAAAGCCAGGGUCCAGGGAGAUGCAGGUCCCAUUGCCCCAGUGGCUGCCCCACUGUUGAAAAAGAUUCCAGAGGUCUUAGUGGACAAAGGCAGCAGGCGCCUUUAUGUAAGGGGACGCUUUCUGAGUAAAGCAGGCUUUGUCAAAUGCUUUGAGAUCUCAGACCAAAACACGAAGGAGGUGUUCGCAGCCAAGAUGGUGCCUAAGUCUUUGCUCACACCCUCCCAGAAGGAGAAGCUGUCCAAAGAGAUUUCCAUUCACCGCAGCCUCUCACAUCAACACGUUGUAGGCUUCCAUAGCGUUUUUGAAGACAGUGAAUUUGUGUUUAUGGUUUUGGAGCUUUGUUGGGAGAGGUCCCUCCUGGAGCUGCACAAGAGGAGGAAAGCCCUGACCCAGCUGGAGGUGCGCUACUACCUAAGGCAGAUAAUCCUGGGCUGUCAGUACCUGCACCACAAUCAGGUCAUUCACAGGAACCUUAGGUUGAGCAACGUCUUCCUGAAGGAGGAUCUGGAGGUGAAAAUAGGUGAUUUCGGGCUGGCAACCAAAGUGGAAUAUGAAGAGGAACAAAUGAAGACCUUUUGUAGCCCCCAGAACUUCGUAGCUCCCGAAGCGGUGAGACUGGGAAGUUUUGAGGAGGAUGUAUGGUCCAUCGGGUGCAUCAUGUACACCUUGCUAGUGGGCAAGCCACCUUUUGAGACCUCAUUCGAAAAAGAAACCUACCUCCGGAUGAAACCAAAUGAAUACAGUGUUCCCAAGCACAUCAAUCCCAUUGCUGCCUCCCUCAUCCAGAAGAUGCUUCGAAAACCCACUGCCCGCCCCACCAUUGAGGAGUUGCUCAAAGAUGAGUUCUUCACUUCUGGCUAUAUCCCUGCCCGUCUGCCCAUCACCUGCCUCACCAUCCCACCAAGGUUGUCAGUGGCUCCCAGCAGCCUGGACCCCAGCAGCAGGAAGCCUCUCAUGGUCCUCGAGAAAGGUGUAGAGAGACCCUUGCCUGACCGUCCCUGGGAAAAGGAGGAACCAGUGGUUUGGGGGACAGGUGAGGCCAUCAAGUGCCACCUCAGUGACAUGCUGCAGCAGCUGACCAGGGUCAAUGCCUCCAAGCCCUCAGAGCGAAGGCUGGUGCAGCAAGGUGAGUCCUGCAGGGGACUUCCCAUCUGGAGAAGGCAGGGUAUCUCAGUCAGCAAGCAGAUCCCCCAUUUCCUGGAGAUCAACAUCCAGAUGAGUUAGCCUGACACCCAAGGCCCUCCUGGUGUGCCUUCUGCCUGUUUCUGCCCCAUCUCACUCUGUAGGUGACUGAUAGGUCACCUCUGCACAGCUGUGUCUGUUGUCUCCUUUCUGCCCAGGGAAUUAAUCCCUUGGUCCUCAAGAGACUCAGGUCAGCUCCAGCCUCAGGGCUUUUGUGCCCACUGUCACCACCCUGACUCCCACUGCCAGCACUUCCUAACCUGAUGAAAUUCUCCAUAACAUUUCUUCCCAACACAUUCAUGCAUCUGCAGUUGGGACUCGUGUGCACUGAGGUGGUUCUAGCGUUGCAGGAAUUGUUGGAUCUGCUCAGUUUCUUCAGCACUUUAAUCUGGGGCACUAGGCUUUCCACCAGCCCUGAUGUUAAUGACUUUGAUUACUCUUCAUCCCUCUGGUUGGUAUGUGGGUCCUUCUAGAAGCCUAGGGUUUUCUUUUCCUAUCCACACCUACCACAGUUCCUGAGACACAAUAAAGGGGCCCACUUAACGAAUUGGGACUUGACGUCCUGGGCUGCAAUUUGGGUGUAUAGGUUUGUGCCGUCAGAGCCCUCCACAGGCUUCAUAGGGUGCCCCCCCCCAGCUCUGGGGAGGAUUAUCUGAGAAGACAGAAGAAGGGGCUGGCCUAACCAGUUCUCUGUUUCUAUCCCAGAGGAGGCUGAGGAUCCUGCAUUCAUCCCCAUCUUCUGGGUCAGCCAGUGGGUAGACCAAUCAAUGAAGUAUGGACUUGGUAGGUGUCUCCAGAAUGUAUGAUGGGCAGGGGAUGGUGUUGCCAUAGUAGCCUUUGAGUGAACAAGUGAGUGAUGUCUGUAAUUGUGUGGCUGUGUUACCAAGAAUUGUUAGGGCCUAAUACAUGCAAGCACUCUACUACUGAGCUAUUCCCAGCCUUUGUCCACCUCCUCCUGCCUUUCUAAGAUAGGCCUCCCCCUGCCCAUUAGGGUAUCAGCUCUGUGACAACAGUACAGGGGCACUCUUUAAUGACUCAACAUGCCUCGUAAUCUACAAUGAUGGCGACAGCCUCCAGUACAUAGACCAUGAGGGUAUGGAGUCUUACCCCACCAUGAGCUCCCACCCUGACUCCUUGAUGAAGAAGGUGGGAACUGGCUACUGUAAGAGGGUGUGGCAGGGUAUGGGGGCUGCCUCAGGGUCAGGCUCUCAUUCUGGAAUCCCUGCCUCAACUCUCCAACCAGAUCACUCUCCUCCAGCAUUUGCGAAGUUACAUGAAUGAACACCUGCAGAAGGCGGGGGCCAACAACACGGAGGCAGGGGCCAACACCACACCCCGGGAAGGUGAUGAGCUGGCCCAUCUGCCCUACCUGAAAAAAUGGCUCCGCACAAGCCAUGCCAUUGUCCUGCACCUCAGCAACGGCGCUAUACAGAUUAAUUUCUUCCAGGUGUGUAGGGGCCUGUACUUGAGGUGGCUGGGUGGGGUGGAAGUGCUGUUCCUUUCACCAGGUGGGGAGCCUUCCUCCCCUUUGCCUCAACCUCAGGCACCAGCUGAGCUUUUCACUCACUCCCUUCUUCCCUCCAAGGACCACACCAAACUUAUUCUGUGCCCCAUGAUGGCAGCUGUGACCUGCAUCAAGAACCAGGACUUCCACACAUCCUGCUUGAGCCCUCUGGAGGAAUAUGGCUGCUGCGAGGAACUGGGUAGACAGCUAUGCUAUGCCCACACCAUGCUAGACAGGCUGCUGAGCUCAAAGUCUCCCAACAGCAGACUCCAGGACAACUCCUAGGCCUCCGUCCUUUGGGCUGGUGCCCCUUCACUCUGCAAGCUCUGCCUGGGGCUGCAUUGCUGGACUUCUGGGACUGCUGUUCAGUAGCCCUAUCCAUGCGGCUGGGUGGGGAAGGGGCUGCUGUGUAAGUUAUUUUUGUAUAUGUUUGGAUCUGAGUUUAUAACCUCUUCCCCUGCCCUCAGUCUACUGUAUAACUUGUAUAGAUAUAUUUCUAUUGAAUUUGAGACUGUUCUUUCCUUGGCUUUAUAUUUAUUCAAUAUAUGUGCAUAUCUUUUCUUCUCCUGUGUUUUUGUGAGUACCCCGAACCCAGUGUAUUUCUCUGUUCCAACAGCCUCAGGCUGUUAAACUACUGUCCAAUAUGUUGAUGAUCCCUAGACAAGGUUGAGCCACAGCCUUAACUCCUUGGUCCACCUUUGGGGCACCUGGUUGUCUCAGCUCUUUGAAAUCUGGCAGGACCUCCCAGCAUCCAAAGUUGGUGACUAGUAGGGCAGGAAGAAGCUCUCAGAAGCACAGGUUCUCAGGGCAUGGUGAGUGUGUAGCAGCAGCCUCGGGAAGCAGUGUGUGAAAUAAUGGAUGUAGCCUGCAGGGACUUGGCCCACAGCCUGGUGUACUUCAGUUGGGAGCUUCCUAUAGUGGUGCUUCUGGGGAUGGUCAGGACAAGGACACUGACUCAGUUAUGGCAGGCCAUCCCUGAUCCAUGUCCCACCUAGGCUCUAGAACACAAUUUUUUCUUCAUGACAUGGAGUAUGUCUUGCACUGAUAAUCCUCUUUUAGGACUGGAACCUUUUCAGAGAUGUAGGUGGAGAAAUGGGCUGUAGGGAUAAUUCACUGGGUCCCUUCUCUCAGGAAGAGGCCCCUCCAAGCCUGCUCAUCUAUUCCCAGGGGACAAUCCAGUCCCUCUUCCCCAAGGCACUCUCCAUCAGGGGCUGAUCUGCAGCUGAGAGGACAUUAGACAAUGUCUGGAGGCAUUUUGGCUGACUUGCCUUGGGAAGAAAGUACCUCUAUCAACCUGUGAGGCCAGGGAUGCUGCUAAGCAUGCCACAGUAUAACAUGGCAUAGGCUACAGGGAACUACCCACCCUUUCCCUGACAGUUUUCUUUUCUGAAUCAGUACCGCCCAGGUUGAGAAACCAUGACUUAGAAAAGGAUUUUGUUGACAUGGGUUCUUACUCCCUAGUUUAGGUCGGCCUUGAAUUCUCUACUUCCCACUUCCUGAGGGCCAGGGUUACAAGCAUCAUGCCGGGUUUAGAAAAUGACUUUUUAACCUUCACUAUGCUUCACAUGAUUGUGACUGGAUAGGUAGCCUGUAAUUGUGGCACUCAGGAAGGUGAGGCGGGAGGAUCCUGAGUUCAAGCUACAUAGAAAAAAAGGUGCUGGUUCUCAUCUGUUCUGACCUAAUGAGCUAGGUAGGACACAGUGUCAGUGUUUACCUAAGGUUAAGAAUGUGGGGAAGUGAACUAAUGUCACAGCAGUACAAAGGACAAAGCAGCACCUUCUGAUCCUCCUGCCUCCGCUUCUCAUGUUCUGAAGUACAGACAUGCACCACCACGGGAGGUUCUGUGCAGUGCUGGGAAUAGAACCCAGGGCAUCAUUUACACUAGGCAAGAACCCUACCAACAGGAUUACUUUCCCAGUCAGGCUGUGGCACACCCCUUUAAUACCAGUACUUAGGAAGCAGAGGCAGGGGUAUCUCUGUGGGUUUGAGGCCAGCCUGGUCUAUAGAGUGAGUUCCAUGACAGCCAAGACUACAGAGAAGCCCUUUCUCAAAAAAACAAGUCUCAGAAAACGAUUAUGAAAUACAAAGAAAACUCAGAACUAAGCUUCUACACUGAAGUCACUCAACUCCAGCAAGUUUAUGUAUAACUUCACUAGAUUUUUAUAAAACUUGAGAGAAAAUUGUCAGAUAUUCAUACGUACAAGCACUUAUGGAUUGGGAAUACUCAGUUUGAGACCCAUAGGCUUCAAAUCCCUGAAAGACACCCAAUCAUCAAACACUCUAAAAUUGUUCUGUAGGCUAGGCUAACAAUCUGAAUACAGGUAAAUGCAUGUUUUGGAGGGAGGCUAUAUUGCCAAGUAGUAGUGACACAUGCCUUUAAUCUGACACUCAGAAAAUGGGGAUGGUUAUACUGGCAUUUGUGUUAAGGGUACAGUCAUGGAAUCCAUGUGCUUAGCUUUAGAAAAUUGCCCCAGGAUUCCCUAGCAGAUUGAGAAUGCAGCCAACAGGGUGUUGGCAGCCUCCAGCCACAGGUUUCCUGGCCAUAGGAAAGUCACAAGGUUGGAGGCUGACUUAACCAUCUUAUCCGGGAAACAGGAACCCCUCUGAUCUGCCCUUGAUGGGAUACUGUUGCUGUGCUAGGCACCAGGGUGGGAUGGCACCUGACAUUGCUGCCAUCAGCUGGCAGGUGGCAAGGAUUCUGCAUGUCUUGUGGCAGACACAGGUGUCCAUACACAGUCUAUGCUAACAUCAGGAGCCUAAGCAGAGUGGGCAGAAUGCAAGUGGUGACAUGUAGCUAGAGUUUUCCUGCCUGGCUCACAGUCAGGACAAAUCUCUCUCAUCUGCCAGUCCCACAGCCGCUCAGACCCAAACAAGUAAACACAGAGACUUAUAUUGGUUACAAACUGUAUGGCCAUGGCAGGCUUCUUGCUAACUGUUCUUACAGCUUAAAUUAAUCCAUUUCUAUAAAUCUAUACCUUGCUACGUGGCUUGUGGCUUACCGGCAUCUUCACAUGCUGUUUCUCAUCGUGGCGGCUGGCA